GAAUGAAACGCGGUUGAUGGCAGUUCAACACAACAUUGGUUUACCCUGGACUCGUCACUUUCCACGACAUUGAAUGAAGGCGGCUGGUAACGUUUGAAAGUUGUACAAGUAAUUUCAAAGAACUUCAGAAUAAUGUCCUCCAAGAAGUCCAGUUCCAGUGGGGAAGACCCGCCCCUCAGCAGAACUGGAGAACGUACCCCUCUGAGAAGCCUUGACAAUGAAAGUCUGCACUUAUCGACUCCAUCAUCAAGGUUCAAAUCAAGAUCACAGCUUAGUACUGCUGCUGUGAAAAAGGCGAUGGUUGACAUUCCUCUCAGUAACCAAGAUCCCCACUUGCACUGUCCAUCCACUGGAAUGAUACAAACCAAUCCAUCCACUACUGAUAUGACAACUGCUCAGACUGAUUCCGGACUUGGAGAUGUAACAUUUAAAUCUUUCACCUGUGCUGGUGGUGAGGUUGAGAUUCCAGACUCCUCCUUGUGUACAGAGGAGAAUUUUUUGUUGCCGAAUGACCAAGCUACAUAUAACAACGAAAGCGAAGAUUCAGUCGCAUCUCACAGUAUGACAGUGCAGUCAUGCAGUGAACAUAUAGAACAUCCCUAUCACAAUCCUGAGAUGAAAGAGUCUUACUCUGUUGAUGUCAGUGCAACAUGUCUUCGAGAUAUUCCCAACACUACGCUGACCUCUGGAGACCAGGAUGACAAACAAGCCACUCAAGAUUUAAGAGAUGUUCCGAAUGACUGCUGUGAAGAGAAAUAUAUCACUUGGAAAUCUUUUGUUGAAGACAUGGGUGAAGUGGAAGUUUCAGAUGCCACUAAACUACAAGAUGAGACCAUUCCUCUACCCAAGACAGGAUUUUGUGAACCUUUACAAGACAACAGUGUAAAUUUAACUCGCUUCUCUGUCGACAGUAGCCAGCUAUGUCAGGUUGAACAUGCUGAUCAUCCAUACUGUAGCAAUGAAAAGCCUUUUGUUCCUGUUAUCAACACCUCCUCUGAAAUCACAAGUUCUGACAAUCUUUCUCAUGGACUGAGUGAUGUGACCUUCAAGUCAUUUAACUGCGCUGGAGGAGAGAUUGAAAUUUCGGAGUGCACCAAGUCUGCAGAUGAGACUGUUCCACUUCCAGCCAACCACACUGUAGCCAACAAUGAGUCUUACUGUUAUGAUGUGGAUCCAAGCGUGCAAGCUGGAGCUGAUUUGCAAAACUGCAGUGAGCAUUUAGAUCACCCAUACUGUGAUGUUCAAAAUUAUUCAUCACCUCUGCCUGGCAACUUUUCAGCAACCCAGGAAUCAUUUCCGUGCAACAUAGAUGCUGUAAGUGUUAAGCAGAGAAGCUUGAUGAUACCUGAUAACCAGGCUUCCAGCCAAGAGAGUGGUAAAUUCAGCUGUUUCUUCACAGCUGACGGUGAGGUUGAAAAAUCAGAUGAUGUCAAGUUGUUUGAGAAGACCUCCUGUCCACUCAAAGACCAGGUUGUGGAUCACCACAGCGUAUGUACUUCUGUUACACAGCAUCACAUUCAAGACGACUAUAAACAACCCAACAGCCACUUGGAAAAUGAUGAAGCUGUGGCAGAUACUGACCCAUCAGCUGUUAGUGGGUCUUCACUGACUACCACAUCUCUAAAAGCUUUGGAUAAUGAAGCUGUUCAAUGUGAAGAGCAAGAAAAGUCAAAGCAUACAAUUCAGCCUGAGGACAAGGAUUUGCAUUCAGUGGUUCAUAGAACUGAGAUUUCUGACUGCAGCCAUCAUGCAGCUUUGGCAGAGAGUCCUACACCUGGGGAAGUGCAGCAGCAUUUGGAACAUGUCUCUCAAAUGUACUCCACCCAGACUCCCUCUGAAUCCAGUGAGGCAAAAGACAGUGCCCUUGGUCCAUCUGGAAAUGGACCUGCUCUUUGUAACUCUGCAGAAGUACCUCCUGCAGAGAACUUUGCUGAUGUUUUGAAAGUCUUGUCAGAGUGUCCCUCAGCUGCCUCAGCUUUGGAAAUCCUCACUCCUGUUAUCAGGAGAGCCUCUCAGUAUUUGUUGAAGGAUCGUGGGAAUCCUACUCAAUACCAGUUUUUGUCUGAUGAUUCUGCUCUUGAGGGCGAGAAGAGCUUCUUGGGUCCUGUUAACAUCAACCCCACUGGGUUGUUUGCAGACCACUUGGACAGCCCCAUACCCUGUCCUCUGUUCAACUCCACAGCACUGGGUGCCAAGCCCUCAGCAGACCCAGUCACAGAACCGGUCGAGAACUUGGCAGAGAAGCUCUGUGCAGCGCCUCAGUCUAAAGUUGAGAAGCCGGUUCUGGAUGUGCCAUUGAUUCCCGAUGGUCCACUUCAGCAGCAGCUUCGGCAGAUGGCUGAGUUCCUUCUCUUGGCAUCAGGAAAGAUGGGCCUGGCUGGUGUCUCUGCUUCUGUUGCAGCUCCUACUGCCUUCAUGGCUCCAUCAGCUGGAACUCCUCCUGCAGAAUCCUACAGUGUCUGUGUGGGCACAAGUCCUGUGAAGCUGGUGGACCACAGCCUUAACACAUCUGGCCUUUUUGAGAGGAAGAGGGAGUUCACUGUGGUUGAUGCCUGCACUGUGACUGAUCCUAUUCUGUGGAAUUUACUUCCAGGCAGCUUAGAGUGUCUCCCCAGGCCGGAGCUGGAACAGAGGUUGAAGACUAGCAUGAUAAUGGUUGAGGCCCUGGUGCAACAGUUGGCUACAGCCAGGGCACAAGGAUGUCCAUCAGCAGGCCCUGCUCCCUCAGACCUCAGGGAGAAACUAGUGCAGACAGAUCACACCGAGCUCAGUCAGACCACAAUGCACCGAGACCUAUAUUUGGAAGCUCUGAGCAGGAUUAGUGAAUUGGAGCUCGAUGGAAGUUCUCUGCAGAACCUCAUGCAGUGUAUGCAAGACAUGAGGAUCACACUGACUUCUUUAAGUGGCGAAACAGAUGCUGCUCUCUCUAACAUGAAAGAAACGGUCAACAUUGUCAAAGAGGACCAUGAAAGCCUCGUUUCACAUUAUGGGCACAUGAAGUCUCUAUUUGAGAAAUCAAAGGAGACCCAGAUAAGAAUGAUCCAGAAGGUCAAAGACGCUCUUCACCAAAGGAAUGACAUGAGGAUCCAGAUGGAGGAAGCCUUCGCAGUCAAGGAGGCAGCCUUCAGUGCGAUGGAUCAGCUGAGGACACACUGUGCCGCAGAAAUUUCAGCUCUAGAGAAGAGUGUGGGGUGUCAGCAAGAACUCUUGGCUGCACUACACCAGACCUAUCCAGAACAGGUUGCAUUAAAUAAAACCUGUAGUGAAACACUGACAUCGGCUUCUGAUCUUUUGUCCCAAACCAUGGAAGAACAGUCCAGCUUGAUGAAGGAACUCUCUGCAGUCAGGAGCCUUCUGCAGAAAGCUGCUCCCAUGCUGCUGAAGCUGAAUGAGAAGGCAGCUGCUGCUCUGAGAGAGCGGGAUGAGCAUAUCUCUGCGAGAGACCAGGCCAUUGAAGAGCGAGAGCAGAUUGAAGAAGAAUUGAAUGAAGCUCAUUUGAAUCUCCAAACUGCCAGAGAACAGAUUGGUGAUUUAAGUCUGCAAGUGACAAUUCUGUCAUCAGAGAUGGGUGUACUGCGACAGAAGCUGACAGAAAAAGAAGAGGAGACGGGUCAGCUAGAGAGGAAGGUGACGGAGCUGUCAGCAACAGUUUCCUCCUCGUUGGCCUCCUACACUUUCUUGGAGCAGGCUCUUGCUGCUGAGUCUACAAAGUUGCAGCAGUCAUGGAAAGACAUACAGCAAGCCAAUGAGAGAGCAAAUGAGUUGGAGGCAUCACUGGGUCAGUCGGAGGAGCGAGAGUGUGAGCUGAGUCGGGCUCUGGCUCAGAGUGAGGAGCAGCUCAGUCAGCUGCAGAUCCUCUCACAGUCUCAGAGUUUCCAGAUCCAGCAGCUCCAGGAAGUUUGUACUCAACUCAAAGGCGUGCGGGAAAUGAAUGAGUUCUUGCAGAUGGAGAAUGAGUUGGCAAGGGAGCAGGUGGCUGAAAGUGAGCGUUUGUUAAGGGAAAGCAUGCAGGGGCUUCGAGAGAGGAACAUCGAGUGCGAGGACCUGAAAGGAGAACUUUGCCAACUUCAGCUUGAGAACGGGAAUUUGCAGGAAGAGCUGGAAACCACAAGGACCAAAGCCAGUGCAACGCAGCUGGAGCUCGGAGAGAAGAUGGCUCAGGCAGUCACGGACAUCACCUUGCUGCAUCACACACUGAGGGGACUGACCAACGAGCUACAUGCUGCUCUUAGCGACCAGAAACCAGAACUAAGAAAGGAUGAAGAGCCACAACCGGUCUGCAUCAUGGAGCGCCGUCACUUCUCCAGCUCCUUUGUAGACAGCAUCAUGGUGGCAUUAGCUGCUGAGAAGGAGGAAGAUGCUGGAACAGGCACUCGAUCAGACCCCUCAGACACACCGGAGCCACAGUGCGACACUUUGUUCAGUCAGACGAGCGCCUUCACCCGCAUUGCAGCCGUCACCCCAAAGAAGAAUCUGAAUGCAGAAGAAGAGCAGCAGAGCAGUGUGGCUGAGCUGCUGGCUGACCUGGACAGCACCGUCACCGAGCUCGUCCGCACCAUGAAGUUGGUACAACAACGCAAAGAUGCUCAGCUGGAGGAGCUGCACAGCACCGUCUGUGGCCUGCAGGCGGAGCAGCAGGCUGCAAACAUCAGGCAUGAGGCUGAAGUGUGUGAACUGAAGCAUCAACUCAGCCGUCUCAAUAACCUGGCAGAGAGGGGAAAUCAGGCUCUGCAGCAGAAAGAGCAGGAUGAGAAAACUGUGACAAAGUUGAUAGCAGAGGUGCAGGAGGCCCAGGAAAUCCUGAACAAACACAAGACUGACAACAGCGAUUUGCGAAAGGAUGUGACUGAGCUCCGUCGUGCUCUCCAGCAGUCGAAGGUGGAGUCUCAGUUCCUGCGGGAGGAGAUGAGGAAAGCCGGCAGCCAAUCAGCUACGCCGACACAUUACAUGGAAGAGAAGAUCCAGUUGUUGAAAGAGGUUCAGCGACUGAAGGUGAGUCUUCAGGAAGCGGAGCAGGCGAGAGUUAAACUCCUUGAAAGAGCAAAAAGACACCAAGUCAUCCAUCAGACCAACCAGCAGAAAAGUGAGAAUGAGCUUCAGAUAUUAAACAACAUGAUAAAUAAAGUCAGGGAGACGCUGUUGUCUUUGCCGGAGAUUGUGAAGAAUUGCGACCAGCUCCAGCAGCUCGUUGAAUACAUCGGCUGACAUGUUUUGUUACGGUCGCUUGUGUUUGUUGUAUUUAUGUCUGUUAUGUUUUGGCUUUUCGUGGCUGUAAGUGUUCAGAUUUUUUUUAGCAAUAAUAAAGUAAUUUUCAAUUGUU